AUGGACGAAUUGUACUGUGGCGAGCAAUAUUUAUUCACAUACGCCGAGCUUAAAGGUCUUCGUUCGACUUUUGUCGCCAACUGUAUCUUUAACAAUUUUUUUACUUACACCUCCAUCAUGUUGAAUAUUGUGACAAUCUACACUAUACGCAAAACUUCGGCAAUGGCAAAAACUUUAAAAACUCUGCUGCUGAGUCUUGCCUGCUCUGAUGUUGCUGUUGGUUUGUUUAGCCAACCUAUAUACACUUUUUCUCUGGUCAAGUGGUUACAACUGGACAAUCUUAACUGUAACACUUACCUAGUGCUGAGUAUUUCAGGUUAUUUAUUCUCAACUGCUUCGUUCCUUGGUGUUGUGGCUGUAAGUGUAGACAGGUUCUUAGCUGUUCAUCUUCAUCUCAGAUAUCAAGAGCUUGUGACUCACAAGCGUGUUGUUGUUGUGAUGAUCAGCAAAUGGGUGUGCAGUGCAUUUAUUUCUUUGAUGAUACUGUGGGGGCUUCCGAGUACUCGAGAUCUUCUAUGUACAAUUAUUGCAGCUUUGGGUUUCAUUAUCACAUUCGUGGUGUAUAUCAGGAUAUAUUUUAGUGUCCGACGGCACAAGAAUCAGAUUCAUUCUACGCAAGUACAACAAGUAGCGCAUUCUGAUGAAAUAAAAAACUUUAUUGUUCUCAUUAAAUCCACAGUAAGCAUAUUCUACGUAUAUCUCGUGUUCAUGAUUUGUUAUUUGCCUUUUUUAAUUUGCUUGGCUGUUAUUGGAAUCUAUGGCUCGAGUAUCGCUUUAAGUCAAUUUUAUUUUUACUCCACGACUCUCAUGUAUCUAAAUUCAUCUUUGAACCCUGUCAUUUACUGCUGGAAGAUGAGACACGUUCGACACGCUAUCAUGGACAUACUGCGAAAGAUGUCUUGGAACAGCAAUCGGCCAUUACGGAUAAACUACAAUCGAUCAUCGAGUAUUGCCCAAGUUGAAAACUGA